CAGGCUGGGAUCUGGGCGGAGGACUAGGUGGGGGCAGCCCCCUACCCCUGGCGUCCCCGGCAGCAGUCCCAGGCCCCGGCUCCAGGUGCGCUUCGCCCGCGGAGGGUUUUCCGGUCUGGGCAGAGGGACAACCAGGAACUCUGGCUCAGUCUCCACCCCGAAGCGGGGCGGGCCUGGCCCGCCUGGAGUAAGACCCGCUGCCCGGCCCCGCCAGGGUGUGUUCUCCGUGGCCGCAGAGAACGAGCGCCAUCUCGGUUCGGCUCGAGGGGGAGAUCAAAAGAAGAGCUGUGUUUUCAGUCCGGAGGGGCACUGCCUCUAAUUGUAGGAACUUCUCCUUGGUUCACUGAACUCUGAUCCUGACCUAGAGCCAUAGCCAUGGCAGCCAAGGGAGGCACCGUCAAAGCUGCUUCUGGCUUCAAUGCCGCCGAAGAUGCCCAGACCCUGAGGAAGGCCAUGAAAGGGCUCGGCACAGAUGAAGAUGCCAUCAUCAGCGUCCUCGCCUACCGCAGCACCGCCCAGCGCCAGGAAAUCAGGACAGCCUACAAGAGCACCAUCGGCAGGGACCUGCUGGAUGACCUGAAGUCGGAACUGAGUGGCAACUUUGAACAGGUGAUCUUGGGGAUGAUGACACCCACUGUGCUGUACGACGUGCAGGAGCUGCGAAGAGCCAUGAAGGGAGCUGGCACGGAUGAGGGCUGCCUGAUUGAGAUCCUGGCUUCCCGGACACCCGAGGAGAUUCGGCGCAUAAACCAGACCUAUCAGCUGCAAUAUGGGCGGAGCCUUGAAGAUGACAUUCGCUCUGACACGUCGUUCAUGUUCCAGCGGGUGCUGGUGUCUCUGUCCGCUGGUGGCAGAGAUGAAGGAAAUUAUCUGGAUGAUGCUCUCGUGAGACAGGAUGCCCAGGACCUGUAUGAGGCUGGAGAGAAGAAAUGGGGGACAGAUGAGGUGAAAUUUCUGACUGUGCUCUGUUCCCGGAAUCGAAAUCAUUUGUUGCAUGUGUUUGAUGAAUACAAAAGGAUAUCACAGAAGGAUAUUGAACAGAGUAUUAAAUCUGAAACAUCUGGUAGCUUUGAAGAUGCUCUGUUGGCCAUAGUAAAGUGCAUGAGGAACAAAUCUGCAUAUUUUGCUGAAAGGCUUUAUAAAUCCAUGAAGGGCUUGGGCACUGACGACAACACCCUCAUCAGAGUGAUGGUUUCUCGAGCGGAGAUUGACAUGAUGGACAUACGGGCAAACUUCAAGAGACUCUAUGGCAAGUCUCUCUACUCCUUCAUCAAGGGUGACACAUCGGGAGACUACAGGAAGGUACUACUUAUUCUCUGUGGAGGAGAUGAUUGAAAAAUAAAAUCCAGAAAGGACAGGAGGAUUCCCUACACCUUGGAUUUCUUUUAACUUCAUUUUUCUGCACUGCUAUUAGCAUUAUCUGAGAAUACUUACUUCCAAUUAAAACACCUACAGACACCUCCUAGGACACAGACUGUAUUAUUAUUCAUCUACAAUUACUCAUUAUGAUGCUUUAAAGCUGUACUUGCCUUUCAAAGCUUAUAAAACCUAAAAGGAGAUUUAAAAUUAGAAAUAAAAAGGUGCUCCUUGUUUUUAACAGAUCUCUUCUUUGUGUUUCAUAGGAAUUGGAAAAUAUUAAAUUAUUUCAUGUUUUCUUUUGGGGAAAACUGUUGAAGUGGAAGGUUGGAAAGCUGUUCUUAAAUCAUUUUUCUUUCCCAAUCCUGUUUUUAGGGAGUUUGUAUUUCUUGAUUUGAAAUGGUGAGUAUCUAGUUGGUAGGAUUAUCUAUGUCAUUUGCUACUUUACAGAAUCAUACUUUGAAAGCAUCUGCAAAUCUCCUUUGUUUAGUUUUAUCUAAAGUGCUUUUAUCUUUAUUAAGUUUGUCUCAGGAGACUUCCUUUAGCAUAUCUAAUGUUAAGAUCAUUUAGUCUCUCUGGGUUGAAGAAUACCAAACUCACCAACUCAUCUGAACAAAUUAAAUUCUAAGUGUGGUUAUACAGAUCAUAUAUGUCUACUUACCAAACAUAAAUGCUGAACAGUCCACAAUAUUAUGAUUAAUAAUAACAAAAUAAAAUAAUAAUAAUGGUCUUAAUCCAGCUUGAAGAGGAAUACAAAAAAAUUAAGUGUCAGACUGUGUAUUCUGGUGAUGAGGUAGUGCUCUGAAUUUACUUUUACUUAGAGAAAAAUUUUUGUGCUAAAAAUAAUUUUUAAAAUCAUUUUCAAUCUUGUUGAUUUGUAGUAAUUUACACUUGCACUGUGCCUUUCAACACUAGAAUUAUUGUAAAGGUGUAUUUGGACUUAAUUAAAAAUUUCAGUUUGUAUAAAACAUGGAAAAAUAAUUUUAAUAAAACAUGGUAUCUUUCAAA